GCAGGACAAACAAGAUCGUCUCACCACACCCGCUAUAACGACUCCCACACCACCUAUAUCCAUCUCUAAGACUUCUCAAGAGUUUCUCUCAACUCCCCCGUUCACAAUGGUUUCUUUCAAGAGCCUCCUCGUCGCCACCCUCGUCUCCAGCGUCGUGGCGACCCCACUCAAGAGCAAUACCUCCGACCUGGUUGUCGAGGCCGUCGACAAAGUGCCUGAAAUCGAGGCGCGGGACAAGGCCAACUUCUACCCCGGCUUGCAGCUCCCCGAAGCCAGCAAGGAUACGACCAAAGUCAGAAUCAGCUCCGCGGAUAGGGACUGCAGCUCUGCCGAAAAGGAAAGGCUCGACGCGGAGAUCCAGAAUAGAUACGCGUUGAAGGACCGUCUCGAUGCCGAGAUCAAGAGACGCGAGGACAUGAAGGAUGAGCUGGAUAGGGAGAUUCGCACCAGGAGGAAGGAUCCCAACUAAAGGGGGAAAAGAGUCUCAAAAGUUCAUGGGGUGACGCAUUAGAUGCCGGGUUUCAGAACGAGAGUGUUGUUUAUCGCAAGCCCAAAGGACGUGGUUUUCUGAUUUUUUGCAACAAUGGAAGAUUGGCGCGGCUCCAUAGUACAGCGAUUGAGAUUUUAUAUACACCAGAUAUCGGGUUGAAUUUAAGGAAUCACUUUUCUCUCAGAAUAUCAAGAGCUAGGGAACGUUGACCUUGUUCAAAUGAACGUGUAGAAUCCAG